AAAGCCAAGGAUCUCAAAUGCAAAAAUUCCAGUGUAGCUAUGGUAUAAAUACUCCAAUUUAAUAAACGUCUACUUCAUGAAAGCAUGGAAAUGCUUAUCGGAAAGUCAUGUGUUACUCACAACACUGUUCAUCGUUAUAAUGCGUCUUGAGAGUGACUUAAACUCACUCAGCAAGUACAGGGUGUGGUGGCAUAUGGCUGUAAUCCCAGCACUUGGGAGGCUCAGGCAGGAGGAUCAAGAAUUUGGGCCUAGGCUGGGCAAUUUAGUAGGACGCUGUCUCACAAUGUUAAACUAAAUUAAAAGAGCCGGGAUGUAACUCAGUGGUUGGGCCUCCAACAUUUGCUACCUACCAUGGGAAAAAAGAACAAGGAAUUCAUAUUGUUCAUGACAUUUCACCGUCGCAUGUCCCUCGCGAUUGCAAUGAUUGGGCUUGUCUCUACAACCUUUGAGAUGUACCAUCAGCUCUCUGAGCUCUGGACAUGUAUUAUCUCUUGUAAUCCUUGGAAGUAGCCCAGAAGGUAAAUCAUGCAAUCAGCCCCAUUUUACACCUAGGAAGUGGAGGUACAGAAAGAUUAAAUGAGACGAAUAGUCAUGAGUUUUCUUUCUUUUCACCCUUCAUUGCAGUCUGGCGUCUUCUGGCUGUGUACUUCUACCCCGUGUCUAGUCAUUUGAAAACCUCUAGCUUCGCCUUCUCAUCUAGAAUCUAGCACCUGGUAGACAAGACCUCCAUGGAUCCACGCCAGAAAUGGAAUCCAGGGUUGAUUUCUGGAUCUUCCCAGAUGCCCACCGCAGAGACCUCCCAAGAAGGCACAGCAGCCUCUCAGCCUUCCUCCUCAGAGCAGCUAAUGAUGGGCCUCGGUGACCUGAGCCUCAGUCCUGGCUCCAACCCCGCUGUGCCUGUACAAGAGGGACUGUUCCAGCAACAGUACAGGGAAGAGAAGACUCUGCUGGAGCAGCACUGGGAAAGGCUGGGAUUCCCUCAGAAGAAGAAGGCACUCCUGGGGCACUUCAGACGCAGGCACCGUGAUCACAUGGCACCUUACCCAGUCGAAAGGGAAACCAGCAUCUCUUUCCCAGGUGAUAGAGCUCAGAAUCGAUUCAGAUGCCAAUGUCGAUACUGCCAGGGCCACAUGCCAAAUAUUUCUGGGGUCGCUAGGGAAAGGAAUGGGACCCCUAGUCCUUCCUCCUGGGAAACCCUUGUGCAGGGUCUCAGUGGCUUGACCCUCAGCCUGGGCACCAACCGGCCUGGCAUUUUGCCAGCCGCAGCCGCAGCCGCAGCUGUCUCAGAGGAAAAGCGCCAACUGGAGAGGCAGCAGGAAAGCAAGAACAUGUUCCAGCGGCUGUUUAAGCAGUGGUUGGAGGAGAAUUGAGAAGCUCACCCUCAUGGGACAAAGACCCUUAGGGAUUCAGACAGUACUGUGUUGCCAGCUCUGGGGAGGUGGGCUUCUUUUCGGGACCAAACAGUUGCUAUCGGAAGAG